AAAUGCUUUCUUUUUAAUGAAUCCGACCAGCAAUAUGGCUUAUAUCAUAAAACUUACAGCUCCGAUGGUUGAUACUGGCAAAUUAAUGAUUAAAAAGAGACUUUAACAGGUUAGUCCGCCAGAGACCGCCAGGCUAGACAUAUUUGGCGGCGAUCUCAUGGCGUCGUCUAUCUGUAUUUUCGUGUGCCGUGUUUACUUGUAACCUUCUUCAUGAUUAACGUGAAACAGUACCCGUAACCACCUUCACCUGUUUGCAUUAGUCAAGAUUUUUGUGUAAUAAUAUUUUCCUUCACCUCGAAGGAACAACGCCAUGUGAUGAACUCGGCGGCUGCAACGAUCGAAGAUGUCAAGUAAAGUUCAACGCAAGGUAACAGUGGAGAAUGUAAAGGAAAGCGGCGACGGCCCCAGAAGACCGAGCGUUUUUGAUCGACUAGGACCUGGUGCUGUGCCGGCUCAGGAGAGGCGCAGUCGUGACGAACCGGUAGUGCAGUGCAAGAACUGGAUGCGCAACGGAGCCUGCAGCUAUGGGUCCCAGUGCCGAUACCAGCACGAGGCAUACCCGCCAUCUUCAUCAUCUUCCUCGUCUUCCAGGCUGCCAAAGUCUGACAGGGACUCUUCUCAGAAAGACUUAAGGCACAAGGUACGUCACAAACAGCAAGAUGCCAAGGAAUCUGACAGCCGGUCGCCAUCCCCCAAGAGGAGGAAGGUAUCCACCAGCAGUGGCGCAGGUGGUGGCAGUGUCACUGUCACCACAGCAGUGGUGGGAAGCAGUAGUGGAGGUGGCAGCAGCCGCAGUCGGCGUACAGAUGCUGAAAGCAAGAUCAAGUCAACUGUUGUGGUGACUCGACCACGGAGCCCUUUAUCGGGCGAGGAGGAAGCACCAGCCAAGGACCCCAAACCACCCAAGAACUGGGAGGGGGCAGCCUCAGAUGACUGGCCCAUUGAUGAUGCGCUUCUGGACUACAAGGAGGAGCUGUCCCUGGAGAUGAAGCGCCAGCAGCUACAGAGGGAACUGGACCUUCUGCAGAAGGAGAACCAUCCCUCAAGCAGUGGCAGUGCUGGCAGCAAAGGGGCUGCUGGCGGUGGCAGCGCAAUCACUGCGGCUGCUGGUGCUGCUCCACCACCACCACCUCCCAGCCACACACCUGGCACCACUAAGGCUGCACGCUUGGCACAUCCCCCUCAGCAGGGCCAACCAAGUGGCAGCAGCGAAUCUUCAAGCGAGUCUGAUGACUCAUCGUCUUCGGACUCUUCAAGUUCCAGCUCUGAUGAUGAAGAUGACGAUGAUGACAGUGAGGAUUCAUCAAGCUCUAGUUCAUCCGGGGCUGCAUCGCCAUCAGCUGGCCGUGGCAGUGGGGGUGCUGCACCACCGCCGCCACUCGCGGAAGGCCAGCGACAUCACCGAGGUCAUCGCGGCAGUGCGGAAGAGCGUGGCGCCACUGCACACCGUUCUGUUGAUGGUAGGAGUAGUAGGCAGCCACCUCGUACUGGAUCGUCUUCACGUGGACAUGACAAAGAUGCUGGCCGCCAUGGUCGUGACCGGCAUCGGGGGCGGUCGAGGGAGCCGCCGGAAGCAGGCAGGAUGUCGCCAAGUCGUCGAGGCGGUGGUCCUCGGGAUGGUGGUGACUAUGACGGGUACGCGGGCCGGUCUCGCGGCCCCCGCACCCCCAGCCCUGGGCCACCCACCGAUUCCAAGCGCAAAGCCGCCAACAGCACUGCCCAGCCCAACAAAGGGCCACCACCACCGUACCCACCCGGAAAGCCACGAAAGAAAAAGAAGUCUGGCAAGAGGCGCAGGGACCGAGAGAAGCAGCUCAGGGCUGAGUGUGCCCGUGUUGCUCAGUCACACGGUGCGGCAGCGUUUCCGGAGAGUCCAUCUCCUGAACGGCCAUUGUCGCCUCCGUCGUCACGCCACCGCGGGAUCCGCGAAGGAGGCAUGCGUGGUGCACCACCCUCAUCACGCAGUGGGCGCUACGGGCCGCCAUCUUCUGGCCGCUCCCCUCCUCCUCCACGUGAGAGCUCAGCCGGAACCCCUGGACACAGGGGUGCUGGCCCACCCUCCAAGCGCCCUCGCCGAGAGACGCCCCCACCACCCCCCUCUUCAAACCCCCCACAAGGAGAUGGAUCUGUUCCUCCACCUCCGCCAGUCGCUCCACCUUCCCAGCUGUCAUCAAGAGAUUCUCGAAAGAAAGACGGCGACCGUCAUGGGCGUCCAGAAGAGUAUGGUGGGAGAGGUGACCCUAAAGGCUAUGACGGGCGCUAUGAUUCUGAUGGGGCUCGAAGUGGACGCAAGCGAGGAGAACCUGGGCGUGCUGACCAGCCACCGCCACCACCACCUCACAGAGGCAGCCGGCACGAUCUGCCACCUCCUGAAGAUGCUGACAUGCUUGAGCCAGGUGAAGUGCUGCCGGACCACACAGAGCGUUAUGUCGCCGAGCGGAGCCGUUACGACCAGGGCAGGGGCCGUGAUGGACGCAGAAUGGAUCACCAUCGCUCACGGUCACCGUCUCCCGCCCUGGCCGGCCUGCCACCGCGCGGGCGUAUGGACGUGGAGAUGCAUCGCAUGGACUACCCACACUCACCCCGCUCACGAAACCAAGACAGCAGGGGCAAGUCGGACUUGAGGGGCUCUGAUGGACGACGUGGUGAUCCUUACCUCCGAGGCGCUGAUCCCAGAGGAGACCCAAGGGGGGACCUGAGAGGAGACCCGAGAGGAGACCUGAGAGGAGACCCAAGAGGAGACCCAAGAGGGGAUCCGAGAGGAGACCUAAGAGGGGAUCCAAGAGGGGACCCGAGAGGGGAUCCAAGGGGUGAUCUCAGGGGUGACCCAAGAGGCGAUCUCAGGGGAGAUCCCAGAGGAGACCCCAGAGGCGACCCUAGAGGCGAUCCAAGGGGCGACCUCAGGGGAGACUUGCGACGAGACCCUCGGGGAGGAGAUUCACGGGGAGACCUCAGAGGCGACCCGAGGGGUGACUCUAGGGGCGACCUACGUGGGGGUGACCCCUACCGUCGAGGAAUUGAUCCGCGGGGUGACGCAAGCAAGCAGGAUCUUCGUGGUGGCGACUACCACGGCCGUGGCGAUUACCAUGGACGAGGCGACCUGAAGCCCGAUUAUCAUGGCAGAGGCGACCCCUACUCCAGGGGUGGCGACAGCCGGGGCCCGUUGGACCCCUACGUGCGCCCUUCUGACUAUCGCGAUGGUCGCGAUCCACACUCGCGCAUGGACUUGCGCGGAAAAGACCUGCCCCCACCGCCGCGCAUGGACCGGGGAGACCUUCCGGGAUAUGACCCACGUUCCGACGACUACGGGCGCCUGGCCGAGGACUACUACGCGCGCAUGGACCGCCGGGACUACUACGCGGACGGCUACGGGCCGCACCGCUCUGAGCUGCGGGACCGAGGGCCGCGAGACCUUCGGCGUCCAGAGCAUAUGAGCCGCAUGGACGCCCGGGGCGGAGGGGAGCCUCACCUGAAGGGUCGCCUGGAGCCCGGCGGAAGGGGCGAGCACCGCCGCAACGACUCGCGGGGUCGCGACGAACGCGGAUACGGGUCGUCGCGCAGCCGGGGAGACCCACGGAGCGGAGACGAUGGACCGAAGGCCGGUGGCCGCGGUGACCCGUACGAGCGCGGGGAACCGCCGUACAGGGGCGGCGGAGAGCCUGGCCACCGGGGCGAGCCGAGGGGCUCGGAUUCCAGGGGGGAUCCCGGGAGGAGAGGUGGUGGAGAUUACAAAGGCCGCGGGGCCGCUCCUUCCAGGAUUGACGACUCUGGUCCAAGCCGUUACAGCAGAAGAGAACCUGACCCACUCCUUGACUCCAGAGACUCGAGGACGGGUACAAGCCGGGAUGGACGCGGGGGCGGACGGUCACGUUCCGUUCGCCCAAUCGCGGUUACGAGCGAAGGAGGCCGCCAGCUAGGAGCACCAAGGAGGUAUCCAAGCGCGGCGAGGGAGAUGGGAAACCUGAAACGGAUGACAUCAGGGAAGGCGGAUCAGGGGGCAGCCGUGGUUCAUCUCCACGACGUGCCCGUGAGAAGGCGCCAGCAACCAAAACUAGCCGCAGUAGUAGCCAGGACGAAGCUGCCGAGAGACCUGACCAGUCACCUGAUACCAGCAUGCCUGAAGAAGGACAGGAAGCAAAAGCUGGUCCUGCAGACACUUACAGGACUGGAGUGAUGACGACGAUGAUGACAUCUCACAAGGGGCGAGCAGGCAGCGGACCUCGACAAAAAGGAUGCGUUAUCUGAUGCUCAUAUGGACACUGCCAGUCGAGACAAGCCAGAAGAAGCUGGAGACCCUAAUCUCAUUGAAGUGGAUGCAGUGCCCAUCAGUCU